AUGUGUGAUCGUACGACGUCUUUGAGUGAUCCCACAGCGGAUUUUGUUUUAUCAGAUUUAUUAAGUGUUACCGAAGAUCUAAUUGACUUUUCAAUCAAUGUACUUGAUACAAUACGUUUGCAAUCACAUUUUAAUGAUCGAAAUCGACGAAUCAGUCUUGCUAUGCAACUUCAAGAUGCAUUGAAUGCACAAAACUCGGCUAUUGCAAAUUCAACAAAACCAUGUGUAGUACCAACAACAUUAAAAUAUGAUCUUGCUCUUUAUCUCGAUCGUAUUUUACAAGCUUGCCGACGAACAAAAGGUAAUUUAAUGCUCUUACGCGUAUCACGUUUGCGUUCAACAAAUACAACUCUUCUACUUGUUGCUUCAACAAAUGUACGUGUUGGGCAGUUGAACAGAAAAGUUCAAUUGUUAACGCGACUUGUGAAAGAAAAUGGUGGUGAAUUUUAUACGAAAAAAAAGAAAAAGAAAAAUAUUCCAUCGAAAACACAGGUUGAUCAAAAUACUGAAACAAAACCGGAGAAUAAAAAGCCACCUCAGAAAAAGCAACCAUUAAAUUUAAUGUCGAAAGAAGAUCUUAAUGAUUAUGUCGAAAUAUCAUUAAGUUUUCGUAUGGUAUGCAAAUAUCCAUCAAGUCUCUUUCUAAAAUCUUCCUUUAAGAUUAUUACAAAAUUUAAUGAAUUUAUGCAACAUAUUCGUGAUGCUUCUAAAUCAAUGUUAUCUUCAAACGGUCAAGCCACUAUUGCGAAUUCACUUGUUCUCAUACCAAUAGCAGCAAAUGCUCUUAGUGAAUUAAAUAACAUAUUGAAUCGUCUUAUACGUAUUGUUUAUACAGUUGAAAGUGAAUCAAAUUAUUUACGCCAAUCACCAACAGUAUCAACGACACUUGAUAGUAAAGAAUUAUAUCGUCAAGAUACAAAAACAAAUGAACUCGGGUCAUCACGCACUACAAAUUUACGACCAGUCGAAGCAGCAUCUCAAAAAGAAGAAAUUCAACAUACAAUCGGAUCAAAUUUAAAACGGAGUAACAUAUCACUAAUGAAACAAGAUGAAACUCGAUCGAAUAUUCGAAAUCAAUCAGCUAUGUCAUCAGCAUCAAAUCUCGGAACGACAACAUCGAAUUCUUCGUCAUUUAAAUUAACGCCUAAUAUGAUUGCUAAUAUAUUCGAUGACUUUUUCAAUGAAUAA